AUGGCAUUAUCUAGAUCUCGCACCGAUUUUGCAAUAGCUCUAGAUUCCUUUACACCGUCUAAUGUCUUGAGAGACGAAGAGAGUGUUGAUCCAGGCAGAGUCUACGAUGAAGACUCGAUCGUGGAAACCCCAAUCAUACGGACAGGGGCGGUUGUCGGUCCAGGCAGCAUCUCCGAGGAAGACUUGAUCCUGAAAUCCUCAAUCGCGCGUGCAGAGGCGAUCUUCGAGAAAAUAUCUUCAAAGCAAGAUACCAAAGCAUACCGAUACAACCUUCUCUACUUCAGCAAUGCGGUAGAUCAAUACGAAAGCCUGCAACUAGCAGUUUCACAAGGACGAGGCAACAAAUCGAUCGCUUUUGAUAAGAUUUCCAGGGGGGAUCAGAAAAAGAGAGAGAUUGCAAAAAGAACAUACGCUGAUGCCUCUCGAUAUUUAAGAUGUUCAGAAAUAGGAGGUCCAGGUUCUCUUUUGUCAAUAACCGCCGCCAAAUUCGAGAUGGAAAAUCUUAACAACGAAGACAUCCAAUUACUGUGCAAUUAUCGCAAGGCUCAUCCUUCUAUCGAAAAACAGUCCAGGUCUUUGGAUUUCACCGUGGUAAACGAACUUGUCAAAGGUCUUUUGGCACAAGGCAUUGAGAGCGUCGAUAUCACGAAAGGACUUACCCGUUUGACAAAACUCCUUUGCCGUUAUGUAGAUACGAAGUCACUUACCGAGGACGGCAAGGUGCUCCCAAAACUUGUCACCGCAGACAGCAAUGAAUACCACAAUGGUGCUUCACAAUCGCCAGUAGGACUUGAACCUGGAACAAAUGUCAGACUCUCUACUCAUACCGUUUCUCUUGAACAACAAGGACCUGUACCCAUCUCUCAUGCUCUGCAAAGCCAGCAAACAUAUCAUGCUGCAGAGCCGCACACGAACAUCGCCAAACGACGGAGGAUGUCCGGAAAUGAAAGGCCGCAGCUCCCCACGAUAUGCUCAGUUCUAACGCCAGAAAAUGAUAGGAGUAUAGCACAAGCAGAAGGUCAGGAAUCCUCAAUGGAUACCUUGAUCUACUCAGAACAGCAGCACAACACUGUACCACCUUGCGAACAGGUGAGCAAUAUAGAGCAAGGGAGAGCUAGCAUAACUUCUCUUGUAGAGGCCCAAGGGGAGCUUGUACCAAUUUUAGUAGAAAUGGAGGACACAAACCUGCCCUCUUAUGGGUUGUCAGAUCUGUUAGGACAUGAUGAAACAAGCUAUUGUUUCGGUGAAAUUUAA